AUGAUUAGAGCAGAAGUUUCAGAUCCCAUCCCGAUUGAUCUCGUUAACGAGAUACUCUCGAGAUUGCCUGCAAAGUCAGUCCGGAGGUUUCGUUGCGUGUCGAAGCAAUGGGGUUCCAUGCUUCGCCGUCCAUAUUUCACAGAGUUGUUCUUGACCAGGUCACGGUCUCGUCCACGUCUACUAUUUCUCCUUGAAGGAGACGAUCAGUGGAACAUCUACUCGUCGCCUCAGACUCAGAAUACAUAUGAGAAGUCUUCUCUUGUAGUAGCUGCCGAUUUUAAUAAAACGAUCCGUGGAAAGACGUAUGAAGACCUUUGUGGCUAUGCCUCUGGUUUGAUCUAUUUCCCUGAAGGAACGUAUGGUGAUGCGGUAUUUAACCCUAACACAGGAGAGUAUGCGAUCUUACCUGAAGUGGAGAAAUACAGAAAGUCGACAAGCUUUUUAGGGUUUGAUCCGUUUGGAAAGCAAUUCAAGGUACUGGCCGAAGGUUUUCCAUUUUGUGUUCAUAGGGAUCAUCAUAAAACUCUGACGUUAGGAACUGGAAAACUUAGGUGGAGGAGUAAGAAAGGUUGUCCCCGGUACAACAAUUGUUGUAGUGAAGGGAUAUGCAUCAAUGGGGUUUUGUAUUACUUAGCUUCAACCGAGACAUUGGGUGAUAUAUUUCUUGGAGGGUCUGAUGACCAAACGUCCUAUGUGAAGAUAGUUUGCUUUGAUGUAAGGUCUGAGAAAUUCAAAUUCAUCGACACAAAAGGCUUGUGUGGUCGAUAUACUACUGGGUUGGUAAAUUAUAAAGGUAAAUUAGGUGGGAUUAGUUGGAAGUAUGCUAAGGCUGGUUUUGGAAGGCGUACCCUUGAGUUGCGCAUGUGGGUUCUAGAGGAUGUCGAGAAACAAGAAUGGUCAAAUCAUGACUACAGUUUGUCGGAUGGAAAAAUUGUCGAUGAUGAAGUUUUCGUUGCUGGAGUGUUCGUUGCUGGAGUGACUUCUACAGGUGAGAUUGUCUUGUCGAUGAGAGAACCACAACCACGUAAGCCGUUUUAUGUUUUCUACUUCAAUCCGGAAAGAAACACUCUCCAAAGUGUUGAAAUCCAAGGUUUUGGUGAGCAUCUUGGUAAAGUUAAAAAAGUCUUUGUAGACCAUGUAGAGGAUCUUACGUUGAAUAUUAUGAAAACAAGCCUGCCGGAACGGAAGCGUGAAGCCACUAGUACGUCAACAUCAUCUGAAUCUCACCUGCAACAAGAUGGUCAAGAACAGAAGCGUAAACCCAAGAGGAUAUCAACAUGUUCUAAAGCUCACCUGUAA